AGGCCGUUGGUGAUGGCGAGCGCCUGGAGACGGCGAUGCAGCGGCUCCUGCUGACGGACGCGUCGGUGCAGUCGCAGAGGGACAUAUCGCCAGUAUUGGGUGCAGGGUUCCGCUGCGGCUUCCUGGGCCUCCUGCACCUCGACGUCUUCAGGCAGCGACUGGGCGGCGAGUACAACGUGCCCGUGCUCGCCACGUCGCCCACCGUGCCGUACAGGUUGACGCUGGCGAACGGCGACGUCAGGGUGGUGGAGCACGCGGGCGACUUCCCCUCGCCGCCCGCGCUGCCCCCGAAGGAGGUGGAGGAGCCGCUGGUGGUGGCGUCCAUCGUGCUCCCGCGCACGCUGGUGCCGGCCGUGCAGAUGCUCUGCCUGGAGAAGCGAGGCGAGGAGCUCUCCACGCAGACGCUGGACAGCGAGGGCGAGCGAGUGCUGCUGCGGUGGCGGUUGCCGCUGGCCGAGGUGAUCACGGACUUCUUCGACAAGUUGCAGUCCGUGACCUCGGGGUACGCCACGUUCGACUACGAGCCCUCGGGGUACGCGACCGUGGACCUGGUGAAGGUCAUUACAAGAUUGAACGGCGAGAACGUGGACGCCCUCUCCUUCUUCGCGCUGCGAGACAGGGCCUCAGACGUCGCCAAGCGGUUCUUGGAGAAGCUGGCGGAGCUGAUCCCCGCGCAGCAGUUCGACAUCGCCCUGCAGGGCAUGGUCGGUGGCAAGGUUGUGGCGAAGGCGCGGAUCAAGCCCUUGCGCAAGGACGUCGUGGCCCAGAAGAUCUUGUGCCACGGCCACAGCGGGGACCCGUCCAGGAAGGCGAAGCUACUGGAGCGGCAGAAGGAGGGCAAGAAGAAGCUGCGCGAGAUCGCCAAGGUGCAGGUGCCCCCGGAGGCCUUCAUCGCGAUGGUCAAGCUGUAGCGCGCCCCCCCCGCGCGCGCCCUGCGCGCAGGGCGGGGCCUGGGCCCGGCCCUCUGCUCCGCGGGCUCCCUCGCGCCAGCCCUGCCUGCCGCCCCGGCGAGGCCCAAGCGCGGCCCACGUCGCUGCCUUGGGGCCUUUCGGGGCCCCCAG